GCCUGUCUAGCUCUGUGCAAGGGAGGGGGUUGGUUUUUAAUUUCUCUGCAGGGAAAAACAGAGAAAGCAGGAAACAAGACAGCAUCCGGAGCAGACAGGCAGAAGCUCAGAACUUGGGUUCAAAUCCCAGUCACUUUUGGCAGUGCAACAUCAUCAUUGUCAGUGUCUCUGGGAAUGAAAAUGGAGGAGCAAGGCCAUACCUCAGUGGAAGCACUUCAGGGAGCAGGAAAGGCCCCUCAUAUUCUCCAGGUUGAUAAUAUUAGGGAAUUUCUGCAAAGGAGACCAGGAGAACAAAUUAAACAGGAACCAGGGGAAGUUUCCUUUCAUCAAUGGGAAGCCCAGUGGCAGGAGUUCCUGACGAAACUAGAUUCUCCUCACACAGGCUGGGGGAUCCCAAUAUUACUGGACAACAAGCCUUUGCCCUGGGAUGAUCCAAAGGCUUUUCUGGCUUCCUUUGAACAGGUGGCCGAAGCCUGCCACUGGCCCAAAGAAGAAUGGGCAACCCGACUCCUACCAGCCCUCACUGGAGAAGCUGAGCAGGCCUUUAUCAAAUUGGAUGCCCAAGAUAGAGAGGAUUAUGGGAAAGUAAAGGCCGCCAUCUUGCGAGGAAAUGCCAUCAGCAGGGAGAAGCAACGUCAACGCUUCAGAUGCUUCUGCUACCGUGAGGCUGAGGGGCCAAGGGGAGCAUAUGGUCGACUUCAGGAACUUUGCUGCCAAUGGCUGAAAUUUGAACGACACUCCAAGGAACAGAUUUUGGAGCUGCUGAUCCUGGAGCAGUUGCUGACGAUCCUGCCCCUGGAGAUCCAGAGCCAGGUUAGAGAAUGUGGACCAGAGACCUGUUCCCAAGCAGUGGCUCUUGCUGAGGAUUUCCUUUUCAGACAGCAGGAGACCCAAAGACAGGAGAAAGAGGUAGCAUUUGAGGAGGGGGCUGCAAGCUUCUCUGAAGCAUCUGAGCUGGACCACAGACAUUUGGGCCCAGAAACCAAGAAGGAAGAUGACAGAGACAACAGCCUGUCAGCUGAAAGACGGAUGAUCCUAGAAGCAGGAGAGAAAUACCUAUCUGGAGACGUGGAUCUGGAUAAGCCACAAGGUUCAUCAGCAUGUAAAGUCGAAGAGAAUGUUUCCCAAUGUUGUCGGCAGGUCUACAUUUCUGUGGGAGAGGAAAGAACUGAGUGUCGGCAGGACACCUGUCCAGUAGAGGACAAGGUUGAAUCCCUUCCUUGUGUGGGAGGCCUCAAGGCCUCCAGCAACACCAUGGAGCAAAUGGAAAUUGAUUCUGGGAAGAAGCAUGAGCCCUACCCUGAGUAUGGGAAACAUUUCCUGCCAAAGAGCACGUAUGCAGGAGGGAAAGGGCACAAAUGCCUGGUCUGUGGGAAAUGCUUUCUUUCAGGCUCCAAGUUCAGCAUCCACCAGAGAAGCCACUUGGGGGAGAAGCCGUACAGGCAUUUGAAUUUCUGUAGCCCUCCACACACGUGCCGAGCCAGCCUCGACAUGCGUAACCCAGAUCCAUCUGUGUUGUUCACAAAAAUGAGUCCUCGCAUCCGUGGCCAGCGCUGGGAAGGGAAGGAAGUGGUGGCUUUGUUGAACAGCAUCAAGGUCAGCCCUGCCCUUGCCCUGCUGAUGAGCAGCAGCUCACAGAGGGGUCAGCAACACUGGGAAAAAAUUCGGGACAAGCUGUGCUCUCUGGGGUUCAACCGGACAAUCGACCAGCUGAGAUCAAAGUGGAAACAACUGAAGACCGAUUUCUUUGCCGCUGGUAGGCCUGCUGCGGAGGGAAAAGAAAGGCCCGCAAGCAUACCACAUUAUUUCAACCGAAUGCGGGCUCUGUGGGAUGCGGCAGGACGUCCCCCAUUCAAAGAUCGUCACCUGCCAGGGCACAACUACCUGGGGAUGCUGGGAAAAAUGACCAUCUUUCAUCUGGGUCGGGCAACAAGAUCACAGUCAUCUGCAAGAGACAGAAACAGAUCCUGUCAAUGAGGAGGAAGAUUUUCCUGCCCAGUUUAUCCUCUUCCAAAUGGCGAACAUUGUGCAUAAUUUCUCCUAUUUGAAACCCGUUCUUCUCCAGAGGCAUCAGUGCUUUGCUUCAAAAAUGAAAAUUGCUGGUUCUGUAUAUGUAUUUGCUUUUCAUGUGGCUGAUGAAAUAUUCAUUUUGGCCAAUGAUCUACAGAGUUUCUAGAUAUGAGAUGGCAAAUCAGUGUUUAGUUUAACAAUAAGAUGAGGAAGGGAUGGACUGGUUGUUGUGGGUUUUCCUGCUGUGUGGCUGUAGUCUGGCGGUUUGAGCUUCCAGUGUUUCACCUGCAUCAGUGACUAGCAUCUUUAGAGGUAUAUCAUGGUAAGAUGUGUGGCUCUGAAGAUGUCAGUCACAGAUAUAGGAAAACGUUAGGUGCCAAAACCAACAAAAUAUGGCCACAGCUCAGAAAACUCACAACAGCCAGUAGAUUUUGACCAUGAAAGUCUUUGAUAAUAGAAAAUAUGGACUCUCCUCAGAACUGGGCAGAACGUGGCAUAUUCUUCCAGUGCCCCUCUUACCAGUUUAGAGCUAUGCUCUUGAGCCCCACAAGGUUGGGCACAGUUAAUGAGAAAUAUUCUCUAUGUUAAAAAAGUUAUAUUUUCAUAUAUGCCACAUAAUAGUGGAGGGAAGUUAAGGUUGCCUGUUCAUUCACAUGAGGUGUUAAGCUAGAGAACUGAUAACAGGCUGAACUGUCCUCAAGGACAUGCCUUCGUUGCCACAAGAGGGAAAUUGGAGAUCUGACAUUCUGGCACAUCCUGCUCAAACGUAAUAUAAAAGAAGACUUAGCCAAUGUUGGUGUGCUUUUGUGGCUUUCUAGUUGCAUGGCAAUGUGAAGAACCACAUCAUGGCUUCAUUUGAGUCUUAGGAAGGGGUGGGAGUUCCCACUUGUUUCCAGUUCCUAACAUCCUGCUGUUGGGGAUGUUAACAGGGAAUAUGCGUCCCUUCCUAAAACUGUGCCUGUAUAUUGACAUGCAGUCAGUACCAGUAGGGAUGAGCUGUUUAUUCCGCACCUGAAUUUCUACAAAGGGGGUUGUCCCCUUGCUGUACAAACCUUGCAUCAAAACACUCCUUACCCCUUUGUGUAAGUGUGGGUGUGUGAGUUAAAAGAGUCUUUGGUGCCCUUGUGCUUUCUCUUCACUGUGCAUGCUGGGACUCGUGCUCAUUUAACUACCUGUAUUUUUAAUUUUCAUUCCACAGAUCAAGGUAGCAUAGGGUGGGGUUGGUGGGGAGGACACUUGUUUGCCAGAAGCUCCCUACAUCCAGGCACUGCCCAGUCCUAGUCCUGCUUGGCAUCAGCAAGGUGGGCAACCCAGCCAGUUUUCCACUGGCACAAUCAGUUUUCCUCUCCCUUUUUUCCAACAGCCAAUUUUAACUUUCCUUUUUGGCCCAGCAUAUGCUGUGCUUCCAAAGCAGCUUCCGUGCCACUGCUUCUGGCUUUCCACUCCGUUUCCCUUUCCCUCCUCCUGAUACUGAAAAAGGAGGGAGUAGUGUUCUUUUUUGUUCUUUUUUUAAUGAAUAUGUCCUUUUGGCUCUGCCAUCUUGACAUUUUAGCCUUGUCCCCUGAGCCCAUCAUAGAUUCAUAGAGUUGGAAGAGACCACAAGGGCCACCCAGUCCAGCCCUCUGCCAUGCAGGAACACGCUAUCAAAGCACUCCUGACAGAUGGCCAUCCAGGCUCUGCUUAAAAACUUCCAAAGAAGGAGACUCCACCCCCCUCCAAGGCAGCAUGUUCCACAUGACCCUUCCAGUUAGCCCCCCACCUCUUGUCCUCACUUGCCCUGCCCAUAGGUUGGGUGGUGCUGGUUUCAAAUUUGAGCAAGUUUAUUGAGCACCACCUACACACAUGUGCGUGCGCGCCUGAAAAAAGGAUACUACAGGGUCGGUGCUGUGCUGGAAAAAAUUGCUUCAUUCAGCUCUUGAAAUGCAGAACUAGGGAUGCCAAGUGGGGCCUAGACAGCUCCUGGAAUUACAGCCAAACUCCAGACAACAGAGAUCAACUCCCCUGGAGCCGGAGGGUGAACUCUAGGGCAUUAUUCCCUGCUGUGGUCUCUCCCUGAACCCCAACCUCCCCCCGGCUUUGCCUCCAAAUGUACAAGAAUUUCCCAACACAGUGUUGGAAGCCUUCUGUAGACUGUCAUUGGCCUGAGUUUAUACCAAAAGUAAAACAGCCAUAUCAGUUCAUCCAAAAUGCGAAUCAAACCCAUUUCUUCAGAUUAGAGUCCAUCUACUUCUCAAUCACUACACCAUGCUGGGCCAGUUGAAAGGUGUCACAUGGAUUUUGGUCUCAUUUCUGACCUUAUAUUGCCAUGUAGGCUUGGCAUAGGGUUGCCAGCCCAUGUCUGGUCUGGGAGGUAGGAACUGGGAGGGGGGUGGUUACUUGACGUUGCAAGCAUUAUUACAUCACUUCUGGGAUAAAUUGGAGGUGACAGGGACAGUAUCUCUAGGAAUCUCUGGAAACUCUGUGGCAAAAUCUCUCAGAAUUUCAACCGAUCUCUUUGGAGAGUGGCUAGAUCUUGGAAGGCACAGUUCUGGGCAGAAGGGUCAAGUUGGCUGAAAGUGCUCUAUGCAUCUGAGAGGUAUUCUUUGCACUUCCAUCCAAGCAAUCCAGCCAUACGUUCCAGCAUGACACUACAGAGGAACCUAGCCCUGUCCAUUUCCACAUUUUGCGUAAGCAUACAACAAGCAGUGAGAAGGGCCCAUUAAGCUGAUGAGAGUGAUACGUUUUUAACAUUUAGUGUAACACACCCACGUUGCAUGUUUUGUGGGAGGGAGUGGCUGAAUGGUAGGGCACCUUUUUGGCAUAAAGAAGGUCCCAGGUUCAAUCCCUGGCAUCUCCAAUUCCAAGGAUUACAUAACAGAUGAUGUGAAAGUUCUUUCUCUUGUAACAAUGUUUAGCAUAGGGACCUUCCUCUGAUAUUGUCUCCUGGCCCCGGAAGCUGCCUGUGAAUGUGAAGGUUCCCUUUAGUCACUAUGGCUAGUAGCUGCUGAUAGCCUAUCACACAUCUGAUACAGUCUGUACAUAGGUACGUUAAGUGCUGGGCUUUCAAGGCAAGUGAGAAGCAAAGAUGGUUUGCCAUUUCCAUUCUUGGUAAUCUUCCAUUCAAGAACUGACCUUGCUUAACUUUGAGAUCUGAUGAGGUCGGGCCAUAACACACUGCCUUCCCUGCCCCUACAGCUUGAAAGGAAAGAAUAAACAUCCUCUGUUACCAUAAUUAGUUGAUUUUUUAAAAAUAUCCUGAUUGCUUGGCCACAACCGUGCUUUUGAAUAGCUUCAG